AUCUCCUCAACUCACAAUACUCCUUCUUUCUUCACUGGUACAAUCGCAAAACAUGUCUCAACUCGCGUCUCGUUCCUACAAAUUUUGGAAUUAUGCACCCUCCAUACCAGCAGCCGUCAUUUUCAUACUGAUAUUCAUUGUCCUAACGGGUCUUCAUUCUUGGAAAAUGUUCAGAGCCAGGACAUGGUUUUGCAUAGCAUUUACCCUAGGCGGCUUGUGUAUGUGGACUCUCUUGCCUUACAGUUUUACUCCUCUAUACCCCGAAGACCAUACACUGACCCGCAUUACAAUCAAGUCCAGAUAAUCGGUUACAUUGGCCGGUGCAUUGCGCAUAAUAACACAACCGCAAUGGGACCGUACAUUGUCAGCAACGUGUUCAUUCUGCUCGGUCCUACACUCUUCGCCGCGUCCAUCUACAUGACCCUUGGUCGACUCAUUCGUCGGGUCCAUGGAGAACAUCUUUCUCCCAUCCGUGUUUCGCGCCUUACAAAAACUUUCGUCUGGUUCGACGUCUUGUCCUUUGCUGUCCAGGGAAAUUCUUCAUCUCUCUCAGUUACGGGGCACGCCAUGUUGGGGAAGGUUUGCGUCAUUGUCGGUUUGGCAAUUCAACUCAUCUCGUUUUCCCUCUUCUGGUGUCUCAAGCCUAGUAUUCCUUGGCAACGGUUAUUGCAUAUGCUAUAUGCUGUCAGUGCCCUCAUUUUGGUCCGUUCUAUUUUCCGGAUCGUUGAAUAUGUCAUGGACAAUGAUGGGUAUCCUCUUAUGCAUGAGUGGACAUUGUAUGUUUUUGAUAGCUUGCCGAUGGCGGUUGUCAUGGUCAUCUUCUUUAUUUGGUAUCCUGAUCAGGUAAGCCCUAGUGCGGAUUCUGAGAGAAGCAUACCGCUUGCACACAGCUAUUCCGAGGUCUGA